AGACCAACAUCUCACGUGCAGUUUGGCCCCAUGAGGUUUCAUGCAGAUCAACUCCAGGUACUUUUAGUGUUUGUCAGAGACGACAGCCAGUGUAAAGGAUUCCGUAAGGCGUGUGAAAAAGCAGGGUUUAAGUACACGCUGGCCCUGGAGGUCCAGGCUGUCCUGACCUGUUUCCUGGCUGCCAAUCACGACAUCAUCAUCAUCGACCACAGAAACCCCCAGCAGCUGGACGCCCUGACGCUGUGCAGGUCUAUUCGAGCCACAAAAGUUUCAGAAAACACAGUUAUUGUUGGUGUAGUAUGCAGGCGGGACGGAGAAGAGUCUGUGAUGUCGCUCAUUAGUGCCGGCUUCACGAGGAGGUACGUGGAGAACCCCAGCCUCCUGGCCUGUUACGCGGAGCUGCUGCAGCUGGAGUUUGGAGAGGUGCGGUCACAGCUGAAACUCAGGGCUUGUAAAUCAGUAUUCACUGCACUAGAUAAAAGCCAAGAUGCCAUUAAAAUCACGAGUGAGGACAACUACAUACAGUAUGUAAAUCCAGCAUUUGAAACAACAGUGGGCUUUGAGUCGGGUGAAUUAUUAGGGAAGGAGUUAGCAAAAAUGCCUCUAAAUGAGAAAAAGGCUGACUUGUUCAGUACUAAAAAUGCAUGCAUGAAGAUGGCCAAGGUAAUGGGGGCUUGGCAACGGACCUCAGAGGUGCUUUUCUCAAAGCAGGCUGUGUGUGUGGAGGCGAGAUGCUCUUUCACAAUGAGAAGUAGCAAGGCGCCCGUCAGCACAGAGCCGUGGAGCGCCGGGAGGGGAAAUAACGCAUUGUUUUCUACUUGCAGAAAAAUUAGACACUAUGUGUCCAUCAUCCGAGUGAACAGCGGCAACAGUAAGGCUGAGAAGAUCACGGAAUCCGUUCAUUCUGACACUCCCACAGUGGCCAGCCAGAGGCGACACUCCUCCGUGGCCCGGAUCCACUCCAUGACCAUCGAGGCGCCCAUCACCAAGGUGAUCAAUAUCAUCAAUGCUGCCCAGGAGAACAGUUCCAUGCCUGUGUCGGAAGCCUUAGACCGCGUCCUGGAAAUUCUGAGAACCUCGGAGCUGUAUUCCCCACAGUUCGGGGCGAAGGAAGAGGAUCCUCAUACCAAGGACCUCAUUGGGGGCCUGAUGUAUGACGGUUUUCGAAGACUAUCUGGUAAUGAGUAUACUCUCUCAACAAAAAACCUGCAUCAGAUUUCGGGCAGCUUACUCGUCUCCGAGUCCCUUCACAAUGUCCCACGGCGGAUCGCGGAGGCCAUGGAAAACGAUGACGACUGGGACUUUAACAUCUUUGAGCUGGAGACGGCCACUCAGAAGAGGCCUUUGACUUUUCUUGGCCUCAAAAUCUUCACUCGCUUUGGGAUCUGUGAAUUCUUAAAGUGCUCGGAGACGACGCUGCGGCUGUGGCUGCAGAUUAUGGAAGCCAACUACCACUCCUCCAACCCCUACCACAACUCCACCCACGCUGCCGACGUGCUGCACGCCACCGCCUACUUCCUCUGCCAGGAGAGGAUCAAGCAAGCGUUAGACUCAGUGGACGAGGCCGCCGCCCUCAUCGCAGCCACCGUCCACGACCUGGACCACCCGGGGAGGACCAACCUCUUCCUGUGCAACGCGGGCAGCGCGCUGGCCGUGCUCUACAACGACUGUGCCGUGUUGGAGAGCCACCACGCGGCCCUGGCCUUCCAGCUGACCGCCAGGGAGGACAGGAGCAACAUCUUCAAGAACGUGGAGAGGAGUGACUACCGGACGCUGCGCCAGGCCAUCAUCGACAUGGUCUUGGCCACAGAGAUGACCAGGCACUUCGAGCACAUCAAUAAGUUUGUCAACAGCGUCGUCAAGCCCUUGGCAGAGCUGGAGGAGAGCGAGGGGAGUGGGCCAAACCCUCGUGACGUCGACACGAUGCUCCGGUCUCCAGAGAACCGGACUCUGAUCAAGCGGAUGAUGAUCAAGUGUGCGGACGUGUCCAACCCCUGCCGGCCCUUGGAGCAGUGCAUCGAGUGGGCUGCACGCAUCUCGGAGGAGUAUUUUUCUCAGACCGAAGAAGAAAAGAAGCUGGACUUACCUGUGGCGAUGCCAGCUUUUGACCGAAACACCUGCAGCAUCCCCAAGUCCCAGAUCUCCUUCAUCGACUACUUCGUCACAGACAUGUACCACGCGUGGGACGGUAAGGACUCUUAGAGGACUUUCCCCAGAUGGCAGGACAGCGCAGCAAGUAGCGAGU